AUGACUUCUAUCACAUCAGCAGCAAAAACUCUCGUCGAAGGAAAUACAUCGACCGACAAGACUAAAUGUCUGGAAUCUGAUACUAUCACGCCCUCUGUGGGCGGCGGUUUGACUACGGAUCAUGGAGUGAAAAUUUCUGAUACAGAUAAUUGGUUGAAAGUUUCCGACAAGAUCACCGGAGGUCCAUCGUUAUUGGAAGACCAAAUAUCACGGGAGAAGAUCCACCAUUUUGACCAUGAGCGGAUUCCUGAACGCGUAGUGCAUGCGCGCGGAGCAGGCGCCCAUGGGUAUUUCCGGGUCUUCGAUGACCGCGCAGCAAAGUAUACUUUCGCACCCGUAUUGACGGAUGCCUCUCGGAAGACCUCUGUUUUUGUACGGUUCAGUACUGUGCAAGGAGCCCGGGGAAGCGCGGAUACCGUUCGAGAUGUACGCGGUUUCGCCAUCAAGAUGUACACAGACGAAGGAAACUGGGAUCUUGUAGGAAAUGACAUCCCGGUCUUUUUCAUUCAAGACGCUGUCAAAUUCCCCGACUUCGUGCAUGCGGUGAAGCCUGAACCUCAUAAUGAAGUUCCUCAAGGGCAGUCGGCUCACAACAACUUUUGGGAUUUCGUUGGCUUGCAGCCUGAAUCUGCUCAUAUGGUUAUGUGGGUCAUGUCCGACCGAGGGAUUCCUCGUUCGUUCCGCAUGAUGCAAGGCUUCGGUGUCAACGCAUACACGCUGCUCAAUGCGAAGGGUGAACAACACUUCGUCAAAUUUCAUCUCAUCCCCGAACUCGGUGUGCACAGUCUGGUGUGGGACGAGGCGCUUAAGAUUUCUGGACAAGAUCCCGACUUCCAUCGUAAAGACUUGAACGAGGCCAUUGAAAGUGGCUGUCCCGCCAAAUGGACAUUUGCCAUCCAGACCAUUGCCGAGAGUGACGAGCAUAACUUCGAGUUUGACAUUCUCGAUGCGACCAAGGUGUGGCCGGAGGAACUCGUACCAUUGCAGCCCAUAGGCGAGCUAGUCCUUGACCGUACUGUGAACGAAUUUUUCCCCGAGACGGAGCAGGUCGCUUUCUGCACCUCUCAUGUCGUUCCCGGUAUCGGUUUCAGCGAUGAUCCAUUGUUGCAAGGCAGAAAUUUUUCCUACUUCGACACUCAAAUCUCUAGGCUGGGCUUGAAUUGGGAACAGCUCCCGAUCAAUAAACCGGUAUGCCCAGUUAUGAACCAUCAUCGCGGUGGCCAGCAUCAAAGUUGUAUUGUCAAGAGUAAUGUUAACUACUGGCCAAACCGCAACGCCACCGGUCAACCAGUUCCACCUUCUGAAGGAGGGUAUGCGGAAUACCCCCAAAAAGUCUCCGGCAUCAAGCAGCGCGUCCGGGGCCCGAAGUUCCAGGAGCACUUCAACCAAGCCCAACUCUUCUACAACAGCCUCACUCCAUACGAACGGUCCCACCUUAUAUCUGCCUUCUCUUUCGAGCUCAGCCACUGCGACGACCCUGUCGUAUAUGAAACUUACACAAACAUCCUCAACAACAUCGAUUUCGACCUAGCCAAAAUUGUUGCGCACAACGUCGGCGGUAUCACCCCACGUUCCCCCGCACGCGACAACCCCGGGGAGACCUCUCCAGCCCUCUCGCAGAAGUACUAUGUUCCCAAGACACCCACAAUUGCUUCGCGCCGUGUUGCGAUCUUGGUCGCGGAUGGGUUUGACCAGGCGAACGUAGAAGGUAUACAGGAGGCAUUCCGCGAGCUCGGUGCUUUGCCUUUCCUUAUUGGGCCUAGGCGGGGUCGCAUAUUCCCCAAGGGUGGGAAAUCGGGUGUGAUGGUGGACCAUCACUUCGAAGGACAGAGGUCGACGCUGUUUGACGCUGUAUUCAUUCCCUCUGGUAUCGAGCAUGCAAAGGUCCUAUCAGACAUCGGGAGGACUGUACAUUGGAUUAGGGAAAGCUUUGGCCAUUGCAAGGCGAUUGGUGCUAUCGGGGAUGGCGCUGAUUUCCUCCAAGGCGCACUUGAUGUACCGGGGUUGAAGUUUUCGAAUUCUGUGAGCAAAGAGGAUGUGGUGGUAUCGUACGGGGUUGUAACUGUCGGGAACGGCAAACCCGACUUGUACUCAACAAGUGAUUUCGCCAAAGGGAAGAAAGAAAGCAAGUCGUUCGCUUCUGCCUUUGCAUUGGAGAUCAGCAAGCAUAGGUGUUGGGAACGUGAGACCGAAGGCUUAACGAGUCAGGUAGCAUACUAACUGCAUAUGUAUGGUAUUAUCUCUUGUACAUAUUUCCGAGCAUGUAUUAUUAGUCAGAAUACUAUUGCUGUG